AUGCAGGCUGCGCCCGGGGGCGCCGGCAGCGAGGCGUCCUCUUCCCACGGGUCAUUGCCGGACUCUGCUGUUGACGAGGCGAGGAGGGAGCGCAACCGCGCACGCCGCCAGCGGAACCGCGCUGCGAGGAAGGCCCGUCUCGAGGCCGAACGCAUGCAGGACGAGCAGGCCCUGGCAGCGCUCACGCCGGAGGAAAGAGCCCAGCACGAAGAGGCGAGCGACGCCGCGCGCCAGCAGCGCGUCGCAGCCCACCUCGCGCAGCAGGACAAGGUCCAGCGCGCGCUCAAGGACGGCGUGAUGAUCGCGAUCGAGUGCUCCCUGAACGAGGGCGCCUCCGACCGCGAAAUGCGGUCCCUCGGCCGCCAAAUCGAGCUCUCCAUGGUCGCCAACCGCCGCGCUUCCGUCCCAGCAGCGCUCACAGUCACAGGCUGCCGGGGGGCCCUGGGGGAGUAUUUGCCGCAGAUCGGCGCCGCGACCUGGCCGUGCAACUUCGCGGCGGCGACCGUGGUCGAGCACGUCCUCUCCGACGCGCGCCCGGACAUCGCCCGCCUCGUCGUGCUGUCCCCCGACGCCCCCGACGAGCUCGCGGGCGCCCUGGACCCCGCGACGUGCUACGUCGUCGGCGGGAUGGCCGAUCGCUCCGUGCGGUCCGGCACGACGCUCAAGUGGGCCGAGGAGGUCGCGGCGACGUCGCCCGUGCCCGUGGAGACGCGCCGGCUGCCCACGGCCGCGGCGCUCGGCAAAGACGCGACCGUGGUGCUCAACGUCAACACCGUCGUCGAGAUUCUCCUCGCGCGGCUCGCGGGGGAGCCCUGGGACGCCGCGGUGCGCGCCGCGCUGCCGCCGCGCAAGGUCGCGCAGGCCGGCACCGCCAAGCCGCCCGGGUGGCGCACCGACGGCUCCGCGGACGACGCCGCGCUCGCCGCACUGCCCGGGCUCGCAGACGCGCUCGCGAACCUCGACAGGCGCCUCGCGCAGGAGCGGGCCCCAGCGGACCCGGCCGCGCGCGUCGGCGCGCCCGAGAAGGUCCCGGGGGGCCCCGACCCGCUGCUGGCCCUGAUUCGGGAGGUGGAGCAGGGGGUGUCCGCGGGGGGGUCUCAAGCCGCGGCCACGGCCGGGCCGGGGGCGUCGUCCGGGGCCGGGCCGAGCGGCGGCGUCGCCGGGCUCGGCGGCGGGAAGGGCUUGCCCCAGCGCAAGGGGCGGUCCAAACGCGUGUCGCGGGCGGGGCCUGGGGCGCCGGAGAGGCCCGAAAUCGUCCCCGUUGCGCGAGGCGGGGGUCGGAGGGGCGGCGACGGCGCGGGCGGCGGCGGCGCGGGCGGCGAGGACGAGGAGGGGUGGACGGCGGGGGACGCGGCGGUGCUGGGUGUCGUGGUGGCGGUGGUGGGCGGCGCGGCGGCGGCGGUGGCGUGGCGGAACAGGGAGGCGAUCGGGGAGUGGUGGCGCGGGCUGGCGCUGCCGAGCUGGGUGCCGGGGAGCGCGAAGCGCGCGUGA